UGGUAUGGGCGGUGAGGGGUGGGAGUAGAUGGUGAGAGGUUGGGCAGACGCAGAUGUUGGUGAUCGUGCUGGUUGAGUGAGGAAACGUGGUGGUGCAGAGGCUGGUGGAGAGAGGCAAGUUGGUGGAUUCAAAUGCGGUGAUUGAUGAGGUGAUGUACGGAGGGGAUGGGGGAUGGGGAGGAAAAGGGGUGGGUGGGGCUGGUGCGCAUGGUGGUGCAGAUUCUAAUGGAGAGAGGCAAGCAGGUGGACCUGGAUGCGGUGAUUGAUGAGGUGAUGAACGAAGGGGGCGGGGGUGGAGGAGGGGGCGGGGGUGGGGGCGGGGGAGGGGGCGGGGGAGGGUGGUUCGCGGCGAGAGGUGGGUGGGAGUGAUGAGAUGAGUGAGUCAGAUCAGAUGGUGACAAGUGUAUGGAUGGAGGGGGGGGGGGGUGGCAGCAUGGCAUGCUGGUGAGGAGUAGGAGGGGUUUGAGGGGAGCAGCAGCGAGGACAGGGUUUGCAGUAUGUGGUGUGCGUGAUGGCGAGGGGAAUACUUGUGGAUAGGAUGAUGCAUUGAGAGAGACACAGUGAAGUGACAUGACAUGGUUGUGGUGAGAGCGAGAUUGGGCACGGGUACGUUUUUUGGAAUCAAGACUACCAGUUGAAAUUUAUGUUAUAUUCACCAAGGCAGAGGUGUGACUGUUUAUUGGCCUACAGUUUUUGUACCUAUCAGGAUGAAGCAUCCUGAUUGAUCUGUUAGCAUCAUACCUCAUGAUUUACACAUGAUUGCUCGCGGUUACCUAGGCAUCAGGUCAGGCUAUCUACCGGUACCAGGGAUCCCCAUUUAUAAUUCUAUACGGUAAUAGAGCCAAGCAUGACAUGGAUGGACCGAGCAGGGAGGAAGUGCCUCAAGGACUUGAGCGUUUCUGAAGUGUAAUACUACACUCGAGUAAAGCCGUAUCGGGUACGCGAGUCAACGGAGGUUACACGAGGAGGUUGGACGAAAGAACACGAAAGGACGAAAGACUUGAAGGGUCGCAACCGGAGGUUGCGACUGACCGUUACAACUGCAAUGGUGGUAACCGAAC